GAAAGCAAACAGCGCAAUAGCUUAUGGGUAAACUUUAUUGUCUUUCGCGAUGGCCCGUAUAACAACAACAUGGCGGCUACCAUGAAAUGGAAGCGUGUAACAAAUUCUACUGGCCCUGUGCCGCGGCCAAGGCAUGGUCAUCGAGCGGUAGCAAUAAGAGAACUUAUGGUCGUAUUUGGUGGUGGAAAUGAGGGAAUUGUGGACGAACUUCAUGUGUAUAACACAGGUAACACUCAGCGCGGAAGGGUACAAAACAUGGCGGCCUCUAUGUAGUUUGUCUUCGCGCCAGAUUUUGCAGUGCGUUUUUUAUGGCUCAGUGCCCUUGCGAAAGCAGUUCUGUUGUAUCUCGAUCUUAUAAUGUGCUCAAUUUACUUUCCAGCAACGAAUCAAUGGUUUGUUCCGGCGGUGCGAGGAGAUAUUCCACCGGGAUGUGCUGCGUACGGAUUUAUCGCCGAUGGAACCCGACUAAUUAUAUUUGGAGGAAUGAUUGAGUACGGGAGAUAUUCUAAUGAGGUAAAUAUCCUCUUUUGUGCAUUUUAUAUCAAUUUUAUUUCUAUAUCUCAAAAAAUUUUACCGUGAAAAUCACUUCACUGAUUUAUUUAUGCUGUUCAUUGUUUCUCCUUUUUCUCGGUGGCAAUAUGUUUGAGCGCUUAAGUGUACAGGUUUUUUGCAGAAAAAAAAUCUUUGUAAAUAAUUAGGUUUCGCGUGUCUUGUUUUUAUAUUGAGAAGCGAUCCAUCAAACUUAAAGUAUGAAAUAUUGGCUUUCUACCGUAAUAUCUGCUUUACCAAAAGAAAGUUGGAUUUAUAUGGAGCUUCAAUCAAAGUAAUUCAGUUAUUUUAAAUCCUAGAUUGAGUGCGCAUUUAUCCCUUGUGUUUACACUUCGUUAAAUCAAGCACUAUCACAAAUCCUUUUUAUUCUUUGAUUGGAAAAACGCCUCUUCAAAAGUCAGAUUUUCACUUUUCUCUUAGAUAGAGCGAGAAACGGCGUACCUGCUGUUUUUCUGAUACUUAGGGAGCGUUUAAGUUCAUAACCAUUCUCUGUAGCUGUCCGAUCGCUUGCGUUUCUUGCGUAGAUCUGUUUUACGUUACAAACGCCAUGUCUUGUUUUCUGAAGUGGGCUAUCAAAGCACUUUUCCGUACAUCAAAGGGUGAAACAAUACUUUUAAAUCAGCUCAGACUCAAACGUUUUUAUUGAGGAAAAAAUACGUUUUUAACUUCCUUUUUGUCCUAUUUCUUCACUCAAAUAUUUUGAAAAUUGAUACACGAUAUUGUACCAAAUAUUAGAUAUGGAUGUCUCACCUAUUGUUCUUGUCUCAUGUUACACAUGGUUAAAAUCAGAUAUUCCCUAUGUUGGACCUAGUAUCCAGAGUCUUUUAAUUCACUUUCCUGAUAUGUGACCUAGGUCAAGGUUUACAGGAAAGAUCUUUAAAAAGUAAAUGUAAUUUUUGUUGAAAAAAAGAGUCCUAUGGCUUUCAUUUUUGGUCUGAACAGUUGUACAUCAUUUGGAAUGAUUUGUAUACUAUUUUUUAUGUAGAAUAGGUUGUACAUCAGUACUUUUAUCCUUGGAACACUAUUAAAAAAUUCCUCAGGAUAAAUUUUUUCAUUUGAAAAUAUUAGUUAGUCAUGAGAAGUAAAUGUUCAUUAGUGUUAUGUCUUCCCUCAGUUUGGUUUUUGCUAAAAGAAAUGUUUUCUAGAUUAGAAUAUGAUAAACUAUCGAUUACAUUUAAUUCGGCAAUACAUAUAGCAUGUUACAAAAAAAGAGCAACAUUUGAAUAUAUGUAGAGUGGAAAUUGCAGUUACAUCAUAGUUGUGCUUUUCACCCUGAAAAAAAAAACACAUCCAUGGAAAAAGUUUUAAGGCAGACAGUAAUUUCUGUUCUAAUGAUAUAUAGUAAAAUUUUUUGCUACUGCUAUGUAACUGUAUUUUUACUGGUAAAAAGAAGUAAUCCCAGUUAGGUUUAAUAAAUGACUUUUUGAAAGGGUCAUCAUUCCACUUUAGACUCCAACUUGAUUAUUUCACAGAUUUACCUAUCUAUUUUAGCUCAGUGAUAAUUAUUUUGAUUACCAACUUAAGAAGUGCUUCAUAGAUGCUGGUUGUUUGUUGUAACAUCAAUUUUCCAUCAUGAAAAAAAAAUUAAUUUUGUAAUGUAAGAGUAGACUUAACAGUGGCUGAAGUUUUUAUUCGGUGAGGAAUGGGUGUUGAAAUUAUGACUGAACAAUCUAAUUGAAAAUCUUGAGAUGUAUCAAGAGUAAGAUGUUUGUGGUCCAAACCUGUUUUGCAAAUGGUACAUGUGUAUUGAGGAAGUGUCAGUAGUUGUGUUCCUUUUCAUUGUUAAAAAUGAAUUGUUUACUUCCAAAUGGAAGAAAAUGUUUGCAAAGGACGAGAUUAAAAUCUUUGUUUUAUGAAUCAGGACACAUUCUAUAUAAAACAGAUGUUUUUGUUAUCACUUUAUCUUCCUUGCUAAAAGGAUUCCAGCCUUAUCUGGAUUAUUUAAACACAUGCCUUAUGAUUAGUCUAAUUUCAUGGGUGUUUGCUUUGGGAGUAUUUUCAAAUUCCAUCCACACUUGAAUAUUGUAUCAUCAUAAAGUUGUCCCUUAAAAAGUAACUUUAUAGUCUGAUUUAGUCUUUUAAUGUUUUCAAGUGUGAAUCAGGUGAUGUGGAUGGCUAAGCCUUGAAAGUUAUUUUCUCAGAAAUGGUGAUCUUGAUUUUGAACUAAUUAUGUCCUCUUUUGGUUGGAAAAUGCAAAUGGAAAAACCAUAAUUAACUUAAAUGAAUUGAUUGGACCACUUAGAUAUUAAAGGGUUUGAAUGAAACCUAGCUAUUUUAAUAUAUUUGUGAAAUACUGACUUUUAAAAAAGUAGAAUAAACAUGUCAAAUAUUCCUUUCAUGAACAUGUCAAUGAUUCCUGACACUUUUUAUUAGGAACUUUAUUAGAACCUUUUUUUUUCAUUCUUUGAAAGUUUGACUUUUUCCACUCAUCUUCACUCUGUUAGCUUUUUUUUUUUUUUUUUUUUUUUUUCCUUUGGGCUCAGUGAAUGACAUUUGGAAGGUAUUAUGUUAUCACAAAGUUAAGAGACUUAAAAAAAAUACUUAACACUUCUGACCUUAUCAGUACCAGUCAUGUUUGACAGAUGAAUUUCUUAUAUGGCCUGCCUCACUACAACUGUCCAUGGUUGUGUUGUAGUUAAAAAAAAUAUGUUGGCUCCAGUGAUUUUAUCCUAGCCUCAUAAAACAGUUUCUUUGUUUUAAGAUAAGAGUGAUAAAUUUUUAUUACAAAGGAGUUUGGAAAUUAAAAUACUGUAUUUGAAGUCAUUUUAAUCAGGCACUGCAACUUAAAUGUUGUCUAUAACAAGGUUUAGGUACUCAAAUUAUUAUAAGACUAGUUUGAUUUUAGUUCUUUUUCCUAGAUAUAUCUUGUAAGUGGAACUCUUCACUAUUGUCAUUUAGGUUUUUUAUUUUAUAUGACACUGGCCAACCAAAGGAUUAUGAUGGGAUUACAAAAUAGUACUUCUCUAACUUAUAAAUUAUACAAUUUGAAAAAAACAUAAGAAAUUGAAAAAUAACACUCUUGCAUAACCAAAUGAGAGAUGAAGGGAGGUAUGAAUAAAAAAAAAGCCCUAAAUGAUAUCUGCUAGACUGCUGGGUUCUCCUUUUAAAUAAUAUUGCAUUUUGUUUUGAAACAUGGGGAGGUUUUAAUGUUCUAUCAAAAAUCACUGACAAGUAUAUUCCAUACACCUCUAUAUGACACCUGGGGGUAUAUGCUUGGUUGUACUGGCUAAUAAGCUUCCCAGUGUUAUCUCUUAUUUUAGCAGGACAGGUGAAAAGAAAUUUUGUAACCUGCUGUGCUUGAAAUAAGGGAGAACACUGAAUGCAGCAAAGCAAGCAUAUUGACCAAUACAGCCAAGCAUAUAUAAAGCAAUCCUUUUACUUUACCUUUGCAAGAAUUUCAAGAAAUUUUAUGAGGUUAAUUUUAAUGGUUACCAUCUGAAAAGGAGAACAAUAAGCAUGUAGUUCUCAUUCCCACUUUAUGGAAAUCCUGAGACAAUAAAAAUACAACUAGUAUGAAUAAUUGAAAAAUGUACUUUUGAUCAUUUUUUUUGUCAGAUGUAUGAACUUCAGGCAAGUAGGUGGGAAUGGAAAAAACUCAAACCAAAAGCACCUAAACCUCCAGGAGGACACCCAUGUCCUCGCCUUGGACACAGUUUUACAGCUGUUGGUCACAAGGCAUAUCUGUUUGCUGGUCUGGCUAAUGACAGUGAUGACCCAAAGAACAACAUUCCCAGGUCUGACUUAUUGUAAUAGUCCAGUUAUGUUACAUGCUUAGUCUAUUAAUUAGUUAAAAAAAAAUGAGAGAGAGAUAUCCUGUUCACUCCUUCACUCCCAAGCUUCCUGUUAGUCUUUACUUGCCUUUCUAUAUUGUUUUAAAGUUCAUCUGUUUGGAGAGGUGUUGACAGUUUCUACCUUGAAGAAAGAAUAUUGAACUAAAAUUUUUGCAUUUACAGAUAUUUGAAUGAUCUGUACGUUAUUGAUAUCCGAACAAGUAGUAACCUACAAUGGGAAAUGCCUUCAACAUUUGGCAUGACCCCAUCUCCGAGAGAGUCGCAUACUUGUGUUGCCACUUCGGAUUCAGACAACAAGAGACCUAGGCUUAUUGUGUAUGGUGGAAUGAGUGGCUGCCGCUUGGGUGAUCUACACCAAUUAGACAUUGGUAUGUGAAUAUCCAUAAAAUGCACUUCUUGUGUGAUCCCAGUUUUUAUGUAAUUUUAGAUAACAAACUUAUUGACUGCAUGUAUAUUCUUGGCAAAGUGGUAAAUCUCAAUCAGAAAAUAACAAGGUUUUGUAAGGAAUAUAUUCUGAUGUCCUUUCCAGCAGGCAAGCUUCUCUCUGUCUUAGUGACACCAACUUCAUUAAACUUUUUUUUUUUUUUUUUUUUUUUUUUCUUCAAGAAACAAUGACAUGGUCAAAACCAGCUGUCAAUAAUGCCAUUCCUCUUCCCAGAAGUCUUCACUCAGCAACCACCAUUGGCAAGAGGUUUGUAAUGCAUCAAAAUGAAUUGUUUAUUUUAUUGUGAAUUUCACCUUUUUUUUUAACACGACAUGUGCACCUUGUGGUGAUGGUACCAAUUGUAAAUCUCCAAAUAUGAAGAAAACUAAUUUGCCUCAGUUACUGGGUACAUGUAGAUGAGCUUUUUUUCUGACAGGCUUUUUAUACUGUACCAGCAAACCUAAAGUUAAAUUCAACUUUUUUUGUUGUGGAAAAAUUGUCUGAAUGGUACUUGUUUGCUUUUUUUGUUUUGCAUUUGAAGAGGCAUUUUUGCAAGCUUUAGUUAACUCUUUACACCCUAGCAUAAGUGUGAAUCUUCUCCUCACUGCUUUUCAUACAUUUCCUAUGGUGUUGACGGGUAGAUUUUGUGUAACAGUCAAGAGCUUCUUUAGUUGGUGAUCAUUUCCUUUAUUCUCAUGACCUUAAUGUGUGAUUCAGGAUAUUGUGAGGAGAAAUUAAAUGUUAAUCACUGUUAGAGGUUAAAGGGUUAAAUGCAAGUGUUUACAGUAUCUGGUUAUCCAGUUUCCUUUGACCAAUGAUUAAAAUUAACUUCUUGAAGUAAGAGUGGUUCAGAAUAAAUUGCUGUUAUUUGAUUUCUUAAAUUUUAUAUUUCAGUUAGUGUGCAUAUCAAGUCUGCUAAAGUUUAUGCAGAACAUUUUAAGCAGAAGAACUCAAUAAUGCACUGAGGUGAUGUGAGAAAUGAAUGUUGUGCUUAUUUUAAUUGCAGAAUGUUUGUGUUCGGAGGCUGGGUUCCUCUUGUCAUGGAUGAAGUGAAAGGACGACAAGAUGAGAAAGAGUGGAAGUGCACUAAUUCCCUUGCUUGCUUAAAUUUAGGUUGGAUGAUAUAUCUUUAAUAUUUGUACAGUAUAUUUGUAAACUGUUGGAUCAUUUUGGCCCUAACUUAGUGGGGAUAUACAGGGGUACUAUGUUUCACAGCCAAUCAAAGAAAUGUAUUUUGUACCAUAUGGUACAAAUGAACUCGUCAUUUGGCUGGAUUGGUGUCCAAGAUGCUAAUUGAUGUUGCGUUACCUUUUUGUCACGCACAAAGGAUCAUACUGUUAGGCUGGGAAGAAAUGACUUAAGGGGUCAGACAGGGUGGAAAUGAAGUCAUCAAAAGGGAAGUUGUAUGCAUGAUUAGUUUAUUUACACCAUGUGGUACAAAAUACUCCUCUUAGAUUGUCUGUGUUCCAUAGCGCCCCUGUAUACUACUUUUGUAUUGAUUAGUAUGGAGUGUGUUCAUGAAUUUUCUUUACCAGAGUAAUUCUGCUGUAAGCUAAAUGAAAUUAUACUUCAAAAUACCACUUGUUGAAAACCUUGUUUCCUUAACAAGAGUGAUUCCUUUACUGGUACAUGCAAGGUUCAUUUCCAGUAGAAAAAAUGAUCCACAUAUGUUGACUAUUUAUUGAUUUCUAGAAACAAUGGCUUGGGAGAAUGUAGUAAUGGAUCAGUAUGAUGAUUCUAUACCAAGAGCAAGGGCAGGACACUGCAGUGUAGCUGUGAGUGUUGGCUUUUUGUGUUGGUCAUGUAACAUGAAACAGUGAGAAGUACAGUGGUCAAAUGAAAAGCAUGCUGGACUCUUUAUUAAAGGAGUUGGGUUCAAACCCUGACUGAGUCAUUUUAUUGUGUGUUAGGGCAAAGCACUUAACUAGAUCACAGUAUGGCUCACCACCCAGGAGUAAAAUUGAUUACCAACAAGCUGAAAGGGAAACAUGACAAAAUUCUGGGAGGAGGAAACUAGCAAUGGUGUAGCUUAUGAUCCAAGAGAAGCAGCCAUUCUCAUACCCUUUUGAUUUAUGAACUCUAAGAUGAGCUCAAGUUGCUGUCUGAAUCCUACCUGUAUGCACACUUUACAUUUGACAUUAGGAUCAAUUGAGUAAAAAUCACCACAAAGCAGGACACCAGAUGGCCAAUAGUAUUUCAGUUUAUGUAACAAUAUGCUGAGAACAAUUUUUAUUUUCUAAACAAUUGGCCAAGUACAAAUCUUGACAACAACAAAAAGUCCCAGAUAAUAAAACAGCUAGUUUACGUCACAUUGUUUUACACUUUAGAGAUAAGAAAUAAGUUUACCUAAUAAGUAAUUAGAAAUGUAGAUUCUCAUUUUGGUGCUGUAUAUGGUUUGAUCAGAUCAAUACCAGGUUGUACUUAUGGAGUGGUCGAGAUGGAUACAGAAAGGCAUGGAACAAUCAGGUUAGCUUGUGCUUCUACUCAGUUGAAUUAUGUUCAGUAGUUGGUUUGAAUUAAGAAGUAACAGUUGAUUGUUUCAUCUGAUCAUGUGGGUGAGAGUGUGGAUGGUGCUGAUAUCCCUUUAACUCCCGUGGCUGACCAAUACAGAAUUUCUCCUUACAAUUCCUUACAAUAUCAAGCAGACAAGUGAUGAGAAUAAAGAAAAAUAUCAAUUAGGGGACUAUAUGUUGAUCCAAUGCCAAAUUCUCAAAACUAACAUCACAAGAACUGUAUGGCAGACAGUAAGGAGAAUUAUUGGUAACCGUGACUGACGUUUUGACAAAGAAAGAGGACAUCUUCUUCAUUAUCAAGCAAGGAAUUGUUUGUCAGUCAAGCUUUAGUAGUCUGGAUUGUUAAACUGAGAACUAACAAGAGUGAGGUGUUAGGAGUGAGGGGUUAAAGCAUAGUCUCCCCAUAGCAGGGCAUGAAAUUAAUUUUUUUUUCUGAUAGCCACUUGGCUCCUAAAUUUUUCAAAGUGGUAGCCAAUUCAAAAAAAAGUUGGUCGCCAUUUUUUAAGAAAAACAAAACCUUUUUCUACGAUGCCAGCGUACUAGAUAGACCCUUCAGUAUUAAGUUAGGAAAGAGAUAGAUAACGUGCUAUGGAGUGGACACUAAGAUGGAUGAUAUUCAAUGUUCAAACUCACCUAAAUCCAAGAUGGCAUCUAGUUAUCGAUCAAUAAUUAUGCAUGUGCUGCGUUUUGGAGACAAACUUAAUGAGGAAGUUUGCCGUGGAUUUAUCUUUGCAAAUCUUUUUAAUUCACUAUAUCUCUAGGUAAGGUUAUGAUGAAGCAUUCUAGUUGCCAAUUUGGCGACUAAUUUUCAGGAUUUGGUUGCCAAAGUGAAAAAUUUAGUCGCAUUGGCACUUGUAUUAGGCGCAAUUUCACGCCCUGCAUAGUUGACUAGAUUGUCUCAGUCAUCUCCAUCACAUAUGGAAACAGUGCUAUAACAAUAACAAUAACAGUACUAUUAUGCAUCUCAUAAAAUCUUUUAACUUUUUUUGUUUUGUCAAAGGUGUGCUGCAAAGAUUUAUGGUAUCUUGAAACAGGUGAUUUUCCAUUUCUGAUUAGUUGUGAAAAAAUGUAUUACGAUUAUACAAAUCUAGCUAAGAAUGCACCUGCGUAUUUUUAAAUUCCAGAAAAACCACCUGCUCCAAGUCGCGUUCAGUUGGUCCGGGCAAGCACCACCACCUUGGAAGUUUGUUGGGGAUCUGUACCAACUGGUAAGGUUUACAGUUUUAAUUGUUUUAGUGGUACACUGAAAUGUGAUUGGGCAUUAUGGCAUCGUAACAGUCCAUGGAAGAAGCACUGAAGAGGUCAUCAAAGGAUAAGUGAUUCAUGAGUGAUUGAUGCAGGAAGGUAGUACUUGUCAAAUCCCGUAAACUUGAUUCGGUAAACCUUGGUCAAAGUAUUUUCUAAAAAAUUGGCAGAAAUAAGUGAGAUUCUAACACCAAAAUUGAGACAACUUGUAAUUUUGUGGAAUAAAAGGAGAAAGUCCAUGGAUAUUUAGACAUAUCUACUAUUGGUUGCUUUUUUGAAUGCAGUGUAACAUCGUCCUUGCAUAAUUUACUAUACACAGCUUACUCUCCCUGGUCUCUUUGCAGCUGAUGCCUAUUUACUGCAGUUACAGAAAUAUGAGCUUCCUCCAACGCCACCAGCAACACCAGUCAAAGCACAGUUUACACCAAGUGGGUCUGCAAGUCCUGCACUGAUGAAAACACCUGUGCCAGGAGGAAGCCCUUCCACAGGAGGUGUGAAGGCUUCUCCACCAAAUGGAAAGAUCACAUCUUCGCCUUCUGUCACACCUACACCAGGUAAUCAAGGUGGAACCCCUAAAGUUGUUAUGCAGUCGCCAUCACAGCCUCCUAAAGCACAAGUACCGUCAGCUACACCAACUGGGAAGCCUGUGAAUGUUGCACAGAAGAUGAGCCCAGCUGCCAGUCCUGUGGCAAGUGUAAUGAAGGCCUCUGUAGCUCUGUCUACAGGCUCUUCAACAGGACAAUCUGGAGCGGCAGCCACCACAGUGGCAUCUAGUACCAAGACAACCAUUCAGGGUCAGGCUGCCAAUCAAGCAGUGUCAGCCUCCACAUUGACCAAUCAGGGGCUGACGUUGUUAAGAGCCCCAGUUCAGCUUCCGCCUGGUGUCCAAGCCACGAUGAUCACAAAUGCUCAGGGUAUCCCUGUGAUGCGUCUUCAAGGAGCAGGAAUUCAAGGAACCGCACCAGUCACAUUGGUCACUUCUCAAGUGGGUGCAACACAGUUACAGGGUGCAACCAUUGUCCGAAUGGCCACGCCUAUUGGUGGUGCUGCGACUGCUGGAACAACAACAGGAACAGUGUUGAGACUGCCAGUGCAAAGUGGAGGGGCUAGUGUACAAGGAACUGCAGUGCUCAAGAUUCCAGUCACCUCGUCAAUACAGAUGCCUGGUGCUGCUGGGCUGACCUUCACUGCUAUGGCGGGAGCCACUGGACAAGCUGCUGUAAUCAAACAGCAGCUUCCUGUUACAGUUCCUACAAACCUGCCCCCAGGGACACAACUAAAGGUUGGUCCUCAGGGCCAGCUCACUGCUGUCGGACCGGGUGGUAUUCCCGUGCAGCUAACCUUGCAAAAUGUGAAGGGACAGGUACAACAAGGAGCUACGCUAACAACACCAACAGUUCUCCAAAUAGCAGGGGGGUCAUCAGUGAAGGUUACAAACACAUCUCAACAGGUGUCCUCUUCGGUAUCACCUCAGAAAGUCACAUCAUUGACACAGAGUUCAACUGCAGUUGGGAGGCUUCCAAUAACUACCACCACUGUGAUUUCUGGUGCUAAACCAGUGGUGACUGCUACAGCCAGUACCACGCCCUCAGCAGCUGUGCCUGAAAAGAUUGUGGCUGUCAGUAAGGUGACUUCAUCCCCGGUAGUGUCGUCCACCUCUGGACCUACCUCUGCUCAAGUCUCGAAAGGUCUUGAACAAAAAACGUUGCCAACAGCUUCCGCCACGCAGAGUCUCCCGAUGGUUAAUUUACCAGUCAGCAAACAAGUUACCCCUGUAACAACACAGGCUGUAAAAGCAACGGUGGUGGCGAGUAGCAGUGCUUCGGGAAUAGUAACAACAGCCGUGUCAGCAGCAACCACUUCAUCCUCGCCAAUCCAAGCUCAAGCGUUAACGAUGGUGACAUCUCGUGGUACCGUACCAACUACUGUAGUCACAUCAAGUGUGCAGCCCUUGAAGACAGCAGUAUCAGUCAGUACUCCCGCAACCAAACCUGCAACCCCAACAGCAAUAGCAACCGUUUCGACACCAACUCCAGUCCUCUCUACCGUCAGUGUGGCAAGAGUGACAUCUGCUCAAUCUACUGCGCCUCCUGCUUCGACACAGUUGUCUAGAGCGGCAAGCGUGUCAACGGUGGGAAUGGUCAAGUCAACAGCCGGCAUUGUGAAAGCAACCACAGCGACUGGGGCGCCGGUGGUUUCAGCAGUGUCGACCCCUCUUGUGUCUACAUCAGUGUCCAGUAGCACUCCUGUGGCAGUUGUGUCUCCACUGGUGUCAUCUACAAGACCUGCUGCGACUGUCGCAGCGGCCUCUCCCGCCAAAAUGACGACAACAUCGCCUGCAACAGCCAGCACCAAACCGUCUCAAGUCAGCUCUGCUUUUACACCGACUGUAAAUGGUGGAGUCAGUGCGACGACUAAUCGAUCAAUAACACCCACCGCAAUAACAAAGGUAGUAUUACCUUAACGUUCAGCAGUGGGCAAAAGUUUAUAAUAAUAUCUAUUUUUAUUGUUAUUACCUUAAGUAGUUUCACCAUUUGACAACGUUUCACUCGCUAGGAAUGAAGUUUCUCUUUUACCAUGGGUGAAAAUGCGCAAGGGGAAAACGAUACAUAGAACUUUCUACCAUGUAGUUAAAAAUCGAUCGUGUUUCCUCUGACUAACGAGUAAAACAUCUGUGAAUGUUUGAAAGAACAGUUGUGUUUACUCACCUGAUCAGGUACAAAGGCCAGCCAAGCAAACGUAUACAAGGAAAUUGCAGCCUUCAAAUCAGUGGUAUGAUGUGGGAAUUGUCAAGGGAAUCUCCAUGAUGGUCACACAUUACUAUUUAUCCAAUGACAGCACAAGUAACGAGGUACGUGUUGAUACAAGUCAGAAAUGUCUGCCAUACAAUUCUUAUGAUGUUACUAUAGGGAAUUUGGUGUUGGGAUCAAUUAACGAUCCCCUAUUUGAUAUGUUUCUGUUUCCUCGUCACUUGCCUGCUUUAUAUUGUAUCUAUGUUCUAAGGGGAAAUUCCGUCUUGGUCACUCAUGGGAGCUAAUCAUAGUUUAAAUCGAGGUAAGAGCAAGUGUCAUUGUGCCAGUUGAGGUCGUCGCUUUUCAACUGAUACUAAAAGAAAACGCCUCCACAGGCCGCUGAGUUUUUGGUUUCCUCAUGCAGCUCGAAGAAAAAAACAUUUUCCUACAAAUUUUUGUAGUUUUUCCAAGGGCAAAACAUUCUUUGACGUAGUUUGUCUUUGUUCAGGGAAACCUUGACGUCGAAAGCAGCUCCGAACAAAGUUUAAAGAAACAGGAACUUCUACCAGGGACUGCUUAUAAAUUCCGUGUGGCGGCCAUCAAUGCAUGUGGUAGAGGGCCAUUUAGUGAUGUGUCGGCUUUUAAAACGUGUCUGCCAGGUAAAAGAUGCUUAUAUGUGAAUUUUAAACGAAAUUUGUGUUUAGCUUCUGUAGGGCCUCUUGCUGGUUAGAGAAACGCGGAGAAAAUAUCCUCACCUAAAAAAUUAUCCCGCUGGAAUGGGACGUUGCCAGCAUUAUGGCGAUGCCCAACUUUCUACGAACUCUCUACUUUUAUUCCGUUAUUGCCUGGGGGUCAGAUUUAUUUAUGACUGUCUCUCAUGUUUGUGUUUCACUUUAUGUCAAAGCCUGCCUUGUGAAAGAUAUCGCGUGUUUUCGACACUGAUAUAAGUUACCAGCUACCAACUCAAAUUAUAGCACAUUGUUGUCGCUGAAGGUGUGUCAAGUCAGUUAUGUCACACCUUACGUUACACAAUGUUUUGUUUUGUCACGAUACAUCAAUCUUUUUCCAGUCUUGCCCGACAGGCGAUGCCAUGUUUUGUCACGCCACUCACGUCAUGCCAUAUCAACUCAUGUUUUGUCACCCGUGUCACAUCAUAUCACAGCUCUUUCUUGUUUUUCAAACUCAAACUAUUUUUUAUUGUUUGGUAGGUUUUCCUGGAGCCCCGUCUGCUAUUAAAAUCAGCAAGGUUUGCAUUAACGUUGUUUGAAAUCAGUUUACUCCUCGUUCGCAUCAAUUUGAAAUUAACUUUCUCUCACUUUCUCCACAGAAUGCAGAGGGUGCCCAUCUAUCGUGGGAAGCUCCGUCCAACACGGCGGGUAACGUGAGCGAAUACUCCGUGUAUCUGGCCAUACGCAGUCAGUCAGCCAAUCAGUCAGAUGAGAAGCCAGUGGCCGGUUUGACUUCCUCCACAAGCUCCACCCCAGUCCAGCUCGCCUUUGUACGCGUUUAUUGUGGUGCUCAGCCCACUUGCACAGUCAGCACGGCCACUCUUCAAAGCGCGCAUAUCGACUUCUCCACCAAGCCCGCUAUUAUCUUUAGAAUUGCUGCUAAGAAUGAUAAAGGGUGAGGAGAUACAUCUGCUAUUACUUUUGCAUUUUGAUUCAUAGCUUACUCGUUUGAAGAAAGAUAAGGAAAUAUUCAAACUAAAGUGUUAUUCAUAUAUUACUAUUUUUCUUCAUUUUUCUUCCAGUUAUGGUCCGGCGACUCAAGUAAGGUGGCUUCAAGGUGAGAAAUUUCUCCAUUCCUGCGUAGGGCAAUGAUAAGCGUAAAUUUUCCAAGAUCUUCAGUUGCAAUCUGUGUAAAUUUUCUCUAGGCUUGAUUCAUCCUGGUCCCUUUGCGCAUUAUUGUUACAUCAUUUGAAUGGGUCCACGCUACCAAACGAUUAUUGAAAGCUCUUACGUUACUGAGAUCUAAAGUCAAUUGGUUGUCACACUAAGCAGAUUGACUCAAUGUAAUUUGACGUAACUGUCCUAAUUUAAAGUAUUCGAGGGUUUUACUUUAAUCAUCAUCUCUGUCGAAGUGAAGUUUAAUAAUGCUGCGUCGACUUAAUUCUGCCAGAUGUGAGAGACUUAAAAGAUGGCCAACUAGCUGUCAAGACAACAACCAAACGGUCUGCCGCAGAUAGGUGAGUAGUUCAUGGCAUUGAAAUGAAAUUCUAUUUAACUGAGUGUAUUUUAAUUGAGUGUCGUAAAGCUAAAACCAUAACAACCACAACGGCCAAUCGGAAAAAGAGUUAACAUCGCAAUGAGCCCAUGAGGACUGGGACUCAAUUAAAAGACAGGAAAAAGAGCCUGAAGCACGGACAAACGCGAAUGAGUUUGGUUUUGCAUCUGAUUGGUUGAAUGGGCUCCGCAAGUUUUCUGGACCAAUCACAUAACGUUGUAAAGAUAAACCAGUACAAUCCUGGUUCACCUUUGACGUGAAUUUAAAAUUUCUUUUUGAUACGACACACGCCUAAACUGCUUGUACAUCUUCUUAUUUCGAAAGAACUCUUGAAUAUUUCCAGGUCCUUUUCUUGGACAUUAGAAGUAUCAGUAUUGUCAGUGCCUAGCCAUUUUGUGUUUUUGGAACUUUUUAAUUUCAAGAUAUAACCCCGAAGACUGCCUUGGAAUGAAAAUUCUCAGCCUGAAAACUUUCUUCUUUCUUGUCACCCACUUUCUUGAAAAUGUAUCAAUAACAUAAGGAUAAGUAAGUUUUUGAUCAGUUCUAACACGUACAUGUACCCCACAACGUUUAUUUUUAUUUUCCAGUAGCCGCUCAGCAGAUUCGUCCAAGAGGGCCAAGAAAGAUAAAGAGAAAAAGGAAGAAAAGGUGAAAAAGGAGAAAGAUACUGAAAAAGAUAAAGAAGCAUCACAAGAAGACGCUGCCACCGCAAAAGAAACAAAAGAAUCUUAA